GAAAUGGGUUUCUGGCAGUCCAGAUCUGUCACCUAUUGAAACUUUGUGGCACGAGAUGAAAAAGGUUCUACGGCAACAUCCUGCUCGUACAAUCACCGAACUGAGACAAAAGCUUAAAGAAAUAUGGGAUUGUUUUACACGAAAUUUAUGCCAAAAACUUGGUUAACACUAUGCCCCAAAGAAUUUCAGCCGUAUAAGUGAUUUCAAAUAUGUAUUUUUUAC